UAUGUAAGCAACACCACCAAGACUGAAGGUUACAGCGGUUGGGGGUCUUCAGUUAUUUUUGAUAACGGGAUAAGGCUCUUGCCUAUGGACUAAUAGGUAACGUUUGUCACUGUUCUCCAUGGCUGUAAGAAAAGGCUGCUUGCUCUCCCUUUGGGGAAUGCAUGGGUUAUUGGAGCUUCUUGUACAAGUAGUGGUAAGUCUGGAAGGGAGGAGCAAAUUUACUAGACCAAAAAAAAAAAUGAUACACACAAAAAGAGGUGGGAAGGAGAUUAAUAUUUAUACCAGCAAUUUGUUAGAAACUCAUACAAGUUGAGAAAUCCUUUACCUAGCUAAAUGCAGAGGGUUCCCGAGACAGCCACACAUUUCUGCCGCUGACUGGGACCUGACCCUGGGAUAUGGAGUUGGUCCAAGACGAGUCUAUGCUGCUCCACCUAGCAGUAAGUGCUGUUUUUAGUGGACUGACCAUUUACAAACUAACGAAGAACAAGGUGAAGAUAGAAAAUGCUUCCGUCUGUGGUCUCCUGUCUCUGCUUACAUUGGGGAUUAUCUCCUUUUUCUGCGCGUCCGGCAGAGCCGUCCUCACCCUCUUCGUGUUAUCAUGCGUCGCCUACUACUUUUCAAUACCUGUCAGAGAUAUGUUACCUAUGGAAGGAAAGGCUGUGCUCAUCACAGGGUGUGAUUCUGGGCUUGGACAUGCACUAGCUAAGCACUUGGAUGAACUAGGUGUUCUUGUCUUUGCUGGUGUUUUGGAUAAGAAAGGGCCGGGAGCUGAAGAACUGAAGAAGAUCUGUUCUUCAAGGCUUUCCUUGAUCCAACUGGACGUCACCAGUGGCCAAGAGAUAAAGACAGCAUGUGACAAAAUCAAGAGUCGGGUGAGAGAUGAAGGGCUCUGGGGCAUUGUACAUAAUGCUGGGGUCCUUGGAUACAUGGCAGAUGGAGAGUUGCUUCCGAUAAGCGUGUAUAAGCAGUGCUUGAAUGUGAACUUCAUCGGGGCAGCGCACGUUACGAAAAUGUUCAUGCCCUUGCUACGGAAAGCUAAGGGAAGGCUAGUGAGCAUCUCAAGCAUGGCAGGACACACACCUAUUCCAGGGUUCGCAGCUUACGCCGCAUCCAAAGCCGCUCUCACGAUGUUCUGCGCCGUGAUGCGACAAGACCUCUUCAAAUGGGGGGUGAAAGUGGCAACAAUUCAUCCAAGCGGCUUCAAAACAAAUAUUUUUGGCUCUCGUGAAAAUUGGUCUGCUCAAGACCAGAAUAUUUUGGCUAACCUAACGGCAGACGUGAAAGACGAUUACGGCGAGGAAUAUCUAUUGAAGCUGAGAGAACUGCACGAUGAAAUGGCUGCGAUUUCCUCUUCCGACCUCACGCCGGUACUGGAAGACGCGUGUCAUGCUUUGUUUGCGCAAAGCCCCAAUUCCUCUUACACGCCGGGCCGAUUUGCUUACCUUAUUCCCUGUUUAUUCCGAUACUUUCCUCUCUGGGUCUACGAUUACUUUGCCAAACAAAUCUUUCAAAUCCACAGGAACAUCCUUCCCAGAUCCUUGCGUCUUUCUCGCACUAAAAACAACGGGGCAUAAACUCCAACCGAGGCAGAGGGAGCCCGAAUACGAACGCUUACUUCUGGCCAAUUAUUUCAAACAGGGGUUCUAUUGUUUACCGUCUGGACACAAAGGCUAUAGAAAAAGACAGCAAACGAUACUCCACAACUCAUUCAUACUUCAUGGUUUGCGAGAA